AUGCCUAUGCAACUCCUACCAGCAUCCGCUGCUGCAUUUUCCCCUCGACCUUCAUCUGUCAAUGUUGUCUUGGGUUCAAAGGUUGAAAAAUGGCUCACAUCAAUUCUGAAACGCAUUCGGAGAGAUAGAAGCUGUCUCAAUUCUGUACCGCAGCAGCAGCGAUUUCUCACCAAUAUUCUUUCAUCACCAAAUGCCAUCUGGACCUUGGCUUCGUUCAUGCUACCCAAGACACCUGAGUCCGACUUCAAACUAGCUGCCAACAAUCCUCUCCUAGAGUCCAUCACAAACUAUGAGCUUGUUCACGUCGAGGCUUAUGUUGUUUAUGUCGACAUGGUUCUGCGCAAUGAGGUCGCCUACAAGCUAACCAAAGACACCAUCGAAGCUUUUGUUAAGUACCACCAGGAUAUUCACUGUGCCGACGCCAAGGCCGACACUUACGACUGGACAGAUAAGGAGCAGCAGUGCAAGAAACUUCACGAAGGUUUUGUUGAGGACAUUAACAAGUUCGUCUUCCGCACCCAUGUCUCUGCUCUUGAGGGUCUCGAGGAGGGAGGUGCUGGAGAACUUCUCUGCGGUGAGAGUGAGGAGGUCAAGAACAACAUCAGUGCUCUCAUGAAGCCUCUGCUACCUCAACCCCCUCAUUACUUCGCCGAAGCUGUCCAACAGCCUGAACUGCUGCCCGAGUCUGCCGUCAACAACAUGUGUUCACAACCUGCUUUUCAGUGCAGCCUUGCUGAUAUAGCAAUCCCCUCGAGGUCCGGCGAAAAACCAUCUGCCGACUCAAGUACAAGUCCUAUCGGGGCACCCAGGACCCUGACUGAUCUGUCGCCUACUCCCGCCUUCACCCAGCCUCACUCUACCGCUGGCUUUUUCUGGAGCUCGCCUCAAGUAACGGCCUCUAUCCACGCCUCCCAACCCUUAAAUAGCAUGUUUGAUCUCGCUCAAUGUGGUAUGGGUAUGGGUAUGGGAGGCAUUGGCGGUAUGUCUGGCUCUGAGUGGAAUCAAUACCGAGAGAACGCAGCCAACAUGUGA